CCAAGCCAUCCCAACCUGUGGUUCUUGGCCCCACACAAAGAAUCACAGCAGGGUCUCAGGCCUCCUUCAACUGCUCCACAUUGGGAUUCUCCCCCCAAGAGAUCACGGUCAACUGGUUGAAGGAUGGGAAAAGAAUACCGGCUGCCCAGACCAACAUCCUGAAUUCUUAUGAAAAGCAGAACAUUUCAUACCAAGUGGAGAGCAGGGUGGAAAUCCCGCUGGAGGAAGGAGAUAUGAAGUCUCAGCUGACCUGCCAGAUCCAACACAGAUCGUUGGAUGGUCCUCUCCAGCAGACCUUUGCACUUGGGACUAUCCUAAGAGUUCCUCCCAAGGUGCGACUUGAGAUCAACCCACCUUCUCCCAUCCAGCUGAACACCCCGGUGACGGUCACUUGCAAUGCAGAAAGCUUUUAUCCAGAAGAUGCAAAAGUGGAGUUGUUUGCCAAGGGUGCCCAAGCCAAAAAAGGAAAGGUUGGCAUGAAGACCUCGAAUCCCGAUGGGACCUUUUCCCUCAACAGCAGCCUCGAGAUGAUGGCCACCGAAGACGUGAACUUCUCCAUGUUCCUUUGCCUGGUCCAGCAGGAUUCCCAGUCUCGGGUCAAUGAAACCGCCACGCUCUUCAUUACGCAACAACUAGAAGGAA